AUGGAGGAAGAUUCAACUGUUGGAAUCGUACACUCGCCACAGGGCGGCCCACGAUGGCGAAGUGCGCGUGGAAAGAGAGCGGUCGGACAUACGGGAGAGGCUAGUUGGUCUAGUAGCGUGAUUAAUCUGGUCAAUACGAUUAUCGGCGCUGGCGUCCUUGCAAUGCCACUCGCCAUCUCGCACAUGGGCAUGGUCUUAGGUGUGUUUGUGAUAUUGUGGUCUGGAGUGACCGCGGGGUUCGGUCUUUACCUGCAGUCGAGGUGCGCCCAAUAUCUCGAUCAAGGGAGCGCAUCAUUCUUCGCGCUGUCACAAUUGACCUACCCAAAUGCUGCGGUGGUCUUCGAUGCGGCGAUUGCGAUCAAAUGUUUUGGAGUCGGCGUUAGCUAUCUCAUCAUCAUCGGCGAUCUUAUGCCGGGCGUGGUACAAGGCUUCGUUGGAGCCGAGCCGGUCUAUGACUUUUUGGUUGAUCGCCAUUUCUGGGUGACGGCAUUCAUGUUGAUAGUUAUUCCUCUCUCAUAUCUGCGUCGUCUCGACUCGCUCAAGUAUACCAGCAUUGCCGCACUGGUCUCCAUGGCGUAUUUGGUCGUCUUAGUGGUCUAUCACUUUGUCAAGGGUGAUACUAUUCCUGAAGGGGGACCAAUCCGUGUCAUUCACUGGGCUGGCGCUGUCCCGGCCCUGAGCAGCCUCCCAGUGAUUGUCUUUGCUUUUACUUGUCAUCAGAAUAUGUUCUCCAUCUUGAACGAGAUCAAAAACAACAGCCACUUCCGAACUACAGGUGUUGUGUUUGCUAGCAUUGGUAGCGCUGCCGCAACUUACAUUCUCGUUGCAAUCACCGGUUAUCUUUCCUUCGGUAACAAAGUGGGAGGCAAUAUUGUCGGCAUGUAUCCUCCUGGCGUCGCAGCCACCAUUGGUCGUGCUGCCAUUGUCAUGCUCGUCGUCUUCUCUUACCCAUUACAAUGUCACCCAUGCAGGGCAUCAGUGGAUGCUGUUCUGAAAUGGCGCCCAAUCUCACAGCCCUCCGGGACCGAGGCAUCUCCACACCGUCAUCCUCUUCUUGGUCCGCGUGGCAAUCGUAUUCCAGAGCCCAUGAGUGACAUUCGGUUCUCGAUCAUUACCACUACCAUCCUUAUUCUGAGCUACAUUGUUGCCAUGACGGUGUCGUCUCUUGAAGCAGUACUUGCUUAUGUCGGAAGCACUGGCAGUACCAGCAUCAGUUUCAUCCUACCCGGCCUCUUCUACUACAAGAUAUCCUCGCCUGAUUCUCCCGCUCACCGAGGCUUCAUGAAGGAGGACGAUGAGGUCGUUGAUGAGCUGUCCGACGACGAUGAUGCUGCAGAUGCCGAGGCCGAAGGAUCACUGGCGCGCUCAUUGACUGAGAGUGGCUUGCUGCUCCGAAACACACGUCACUGGCGCAAAGCACUUCUCCGGCGUCUUAGCCUCGCUUUGGCCGUGUACGGUCUGGUGGUCAUGGUCGUCUGUCUGAUCACAAACACUUUCUUUAUUGCCUCACACUGA